GGGGUGGGUUCGUGGUAGGGUAGGAGGAGGAUUUGUGUUUGAAGGGCUGUCGCUCAGGGGCUCGCUAUGAGUCGCAGCGCAUUCCCUAUUUCCUCGACGCGUGUGUAUUGUUGCACAAGCGCGGCGGAUAUAGAUGACUCUGCACAGGUUGCCUCGGUGUUCACUAGCCAAGCGGACUCCAGAAGUUGUUUCGAGAAGAGCAGAGAAGCCAGAAGUCGCCUGCUGUUAUUCCUCUCGCUGUUGUCCGGCGCUUCGGUGAUGAGAAGGAAUUUGCGUUCGGAUAUCCGCGUCGCCGGGUAGAAGAGGAGAUGCGUGGCGAGGGACGGCGCGCCCUGAACGCGUUCUUGUUGGCGAUCUGCAUGCGCUCCUGUUGCCGGGGUAGCUUGGUGCACGCAGAUGGCCUCGUGUUCACGGAGAGCCCGCAGAACGCCACGGCCUCGGUGGGAGGCGAACUGUCGAUCUCCUGCGAGGCGGACAGCGCGAGCCUGGGACCGGUCCUCGAGUGGCUUCGGGACGGGGCCCCGUUGGGCACCGACGCCGACUCCUCGUCGGGGGGCACCGGCUCGGUGGGGGGUGGCACGCAUCACUCCGUCGCGCAGCUGGCCCUGUCUAAAAACGGCGGCACCGCCUUUGUUCACCGCAGCACGCUCAGUAUCCACCGCGUGCAGCAAGGAGACGUAGGCCCUUACUCCUGUCAGGUCACCUUAGCCGGGGGAGUCGUGGUCCGGUCCAAGGAGGGGUGGAUACAGGUGGAAGGCAGGCCGACCAUCACAGGGGAGCCUCGGUCUCUGAACGUGAGCCGGGGCGAGCCCUUCACGCUGCGCUGCACUGCAAUGGGACCUCCUGAGCCCGUGUGGAUCAAGUGGUUCAGCAGCGCAGAUGUCCAGCCUCAGCAGCCAGACAACAAUGGGUCCUCUCCCUCCGAGCUGCACGUGUCUGGAAUUUCUGAGACGACGAGUUACUCGUGCCACGCGGCCAACUCCAGGGGCACCAGCGUCUCGAGGGAGGCGCGGAUCAACGUGAAGGUUUUGCCGGAGGCUCCUGGGCUGCCCCGGCUGGUGACCGUGAGCGCGCGCGACGCUUGGCUCUCAUGGAACCCCAGCUUUGACGGAUUCUCUCCGCUACUCGGGUGCCGGGUACAGGUCGCGAGAGACGACGGGCAGUGGGCGGACGCCGACAACAACACGGAGGCCAGCGGCUGGGCCCCGGACGAUGACACGGGGGUGCAGGAGGUGGCAGGGGUCCCCGAUGAUCCCUCGUACGGGGCCCCCCUGGGCGGCUUGGAGCCCGGCACGGAUUACCGGGCCCGCAUCGCCUGCCACAACCAGGUCGGCGCGUCGCCGUGGUCCCCGUGGGUCAGGCUUCGCACGCGCAAGCAAGCCGCCACCCUCCCUGAGUUCGUCCCGUGGCUGCUCGGCGUGGCUGCUGCCCUGGCAGUCCUCGGAGCUGUGGUGGUUGUGGUCUUGUGGAGGAAGAAGAAGCAACAGUUUAGUGGGAGCAGGUCGGAGCUCGGCACCGCAGCUGCGGACCUGGGGGAGCCGCUCAUGGAGAUCCCGGAGAUUCGGAGCUACCGGCGCUGCAACCCCGAGCUCACACUGGAGCGAUGCGGGCUGAGCGAAGCGCUGUCUCAGAAGCUGAGUGGCGUGCUGCUCAAGAGGCCCUGCCUCCACCUGGGCAGCGUGCUGGGAGAAGGCGAGUUCGGCUGUGUGCUCGAGGGGCGGCUGAAGAAGGACGAUGGCACCAAGGUUGAAGUCGCCGUCAAAACCAUGAAAGUAGAGGUUUGCACUUCAAGUGACAUCGAGUCGUUCCUGAAUGAAGUGCUGGCGAUGAAGGACUUCGACCAUCCCAACGUCAUCCGCCUCCUCGGCGUCUGCCUGGAUGUGUGCCCCGGCCAGCGGCUGCCCCGUCCCAUGGCCGUGCUGCCCUUCAUGAGACACGGGGACCUGCACAGCUUCCUCAAGCGCACGCGCUUCACGCGCACGCCCGUGUACAUGCCUCUGCAGACCCUGCUACGGUUCAUGGUGGACAUCUCACGAGGGAUGGAGUACCUCUCCGCCAACAACUUCGUCCACCGAGACCUGGCCGCCCGGAACUGCAUGCUACACGAGGACCUGACCGUGUGCGUCGCCGACUUCGGCCUCACCAAGAAGAUCUACAGCGGCGACUACUACCGCCAGGGCCAGAUCUCCCGGAUGCCCGUCAAGUGGCUCGCGCCCGAGUGCAUGGCCGACCGCCUCUACACGGCCAAGAGCGACGUGUGGGCGUUUGGCGUGACCAUGUGGGAGAUCGUGACGAGGGGACAGGCGCCGUACCCCGGCGUGGCAAACCACGAGAUGUUCGAGUUCUUGGUGACCGGCAAGCGGCUCAAGCAGCCGCCGGAAUGCCUGGACGAGCUGUUCGCCAUCAUGAGCGACUGCUGGAGCCUGAAGGCCCGCUCCCGCCCCGCGUUCCCCGCGCUGCGCGAGCGGCUGGAGGAGCUGCUGGCCGAGCUGCCGCCCCUGUCGCGGCGCGAGGACGCCCUGUACGGCAACGUGCCGUCCCACCGUGACGCUCCGCAGCCCAGCGGCGGCGUCGACGGCGGCGGCGGCGGCGGCGACAACGGCAGGGACGACGGCGGUGGUGACAGCCGCUCCGGGGCCGCCGUCGGCACUUACUGCGGCAGCGCCAGCGGCAAAGACGCUCGCGGAGACGACGACGACGCCGCUGCCGCUGCCGUCGACGAAAGGAGCAAUGACUAUACAGACUCGCUUCCCUCCAAGGCGGCCGCCGCCGCCACCUCCUCGGUUCCUCCGCCCAAGCCGGCGCGGCUGAACGAGCACGUUGGGUCGCCUGCGCCGGUGGCGACGGCCGAGUGGAUUGCGGCGGCACAGGUCGCUGAUCUGCCAGCGCCCGCGGUGGCGGCGGUGGUGCCAAUGCCGCCGCCAGAAUCUCGGGGGGCGGAGGGCGUAGUGACGGCCAGCUCCUCCGAAGGGAGCUCCCUACCGGAGGGGAAGCCGCCCCCCUCUCCCACAAUCCCCGCUCUGUUGACAGAGGCUGAGGCUGAGCGGCAGUGAUGGCCCAGAUGUUGUCAGAACUGAAACGGAACUGAAAUUAUUCAUUGGUCCUUGAUGCAAUUUUUUUAUUACAUGUUACCAGGUAAGGCCACCUGAGCUAUAACGGCUCUUUUUCAGAAGCGACCUGGCCACAAAUGAUAGCUCAACGAAGUGGCUUAUCACGUGGAAAUUUAUAGCAGCCAUGUACUCAAAAACGCAUUUUUCUAAGUGCGCUUAGGGAGGGGAAAAAAAACUGGUGGAGGGAAAAACUGUUGGGACCAGAGAAAACUCCACACGACCACGGCGUCAGGGUCGGGAUCGAGCCCACGACCUCCCGUAUACCAGGCGAGGUAGUUAACAUCUCGCCACAAUGCAGCGGAUGGACCGCAGAGUUCAAGCGCGACUUGGGAGGUGCGGAGUCAGAGUGAAUGUUUUUUUUUUCUACCAACCCUCUGCAUUGCACGAGUGACAUUACGCCUGAUACCCUUCCCCCUUCACGGCACGGUCACCUUUUGACCCUUCUAUGGGGUACGUUUCUGCCUAGGGGCCGUCCAUAAAUGACGUCACGCACCUAGGG